AUGGCUGUCGCUCGCACAAAGGCUAAUUCCAAGAUCCGCCGCAUCGGAAAGAAGAAGGGCGCGACUCUGCGUGAUGUUCACCCAUGGCGCUGGGUGAAGAUCUGCAGCCAACAUUUCAAGCAGGAGGGUAAAAUGAUGGUACCAAACUGUGCAGAAAUUGUCAAGACUUCACACGGCCGCGAGCGCGCCCCGCAGAAUCCCGACUGGUAUUACAUCCGUUGCGCCGCUGUGCUCCGUGCGGUGUACCUGCGCCCUGGUGUGGGAUAUGGUGGCCUCAGUAAGCGCUUCUCCAGCAAGAAAAACCGCGGAAGCCGUCCUGAGAUUACAACUCGCGCUUCAAAAGGUCUCCUUCACUGGUGUUGCAAGAGCCUUACCAAGUUGGAAUUGCUUGAGAAAUGCAAGGGAGCUGGACAUCGUGUUACUAAACUCGGUCGCAAGGUGGCAGACACCAUUGCCUUCAAGAUUGCCCUCCGCAAGAUGGGCGCUGAGACAAAGGCAAAGUAA